ACCGCCGCCAUUUUGCUUCCUGCUCUCUGCUUCCAUUGUGUGAGAGAUAGUAAAUAUCUGACACUGCCAGACAACCACAACUCACUUGUGUCCCUAAUUCAGCCUUGGUGAUACUUCGUCGUAAUGGCUCGUACCAAGCAGACCGCUCGUAAGUCCACAGGAGGAAAGGCUCCUCGCAAGCAGCUGGCCACCAAGGCUGCCCGCAAGAGUGCCCCCUCUACUGGUGGGGUCAAGAAGCCCCAUCGUUACAGGCCCGGUACCGUGGCUCUGAGAGAGAUCCGUCGGUACCAGAAGUCCACAGAGCUGCUGAUCCGCAAGCUGCCCUUCCAGCGCCUGGUGAGGGAGAUCGCUCAGGACUUCAAGACUGACCUGCGUUUCCAGAGCGCCGCCAUUGGAGCCCUGUGUGAGGCCAGCGAGGCGUACCUGGUGGGUCUGUUCGAGGACACCAACCUGUGUGCCAUCCAUGCCAAGCGUGUCACCAUCAUGCCCAAAGACAUCCAGCUGGCACGCCGCAUCCGCGGAGAGCGCGCUUAGACGGCCCUCCCUAAUGUUUCACCUCUGUCCUGUUUUUUCUUAACCUGUCCCUGCCCUCACUCCUUCAUUCUACCCCAACCCCCCCCCCACCUUCACCCCUCCCCGUCACUCCCUCCCCCCGCCUGCCCAGCUUCUCAGUAGACUUUAGAGUAAUCCUGAUUCUGAAGAGAUAGAAAUAUGUGGAAGUCUGGUCUCAUAGGUUUUUUUCGUCUUCACCAAAUGUUUUUUUUUUAGGGUACCUUUUUCGUGGCAUGUAAAAGGUUUUACAGAUCAGACACACAUAUGCACACAUAACUCAAUCGUGCGUCACUGAGUUUGGGAAGCCCUACCUUUGAGCUCACCUGGAUUCUUCCAGGGUGGGAGGCCAGCGGGUGCCAUCAGUGUGGCAAAACCGAGCUGAGGCAGAGGGACGUGGUCGAGGGGCUAGUCUGCUUAAGGGGAGCUGCAACUUCCACAGCAGGGUGCUAUUAAAGCUAGCCCUGAGGCCUCUGCCCCAUCUGCACACCAUCCUCCCCCUCACCCAGUCCCCCCCUCUCCCUCUACACCCAAACUCCCCCCUCGCUCUGCAGCCAGACGGCUCGCUGUACCUCCUCAGACCACCUCCUCACCUCUGUGAUCAGCACUGGGAGGGGAUGGCGCUCUGUUGGGCUGUUUGUGCGGAUGUGUGAGCUCUGAUCUUUCAAACCACUUGUACUCAACAAACAAGUAUUUUUUUUUGUUUGCUUAAGAAUAUUGAUUAUCGUUGUGGAUAUGGUGUCUAUUUUUUUUUAAUGCAUUUAGUUCACGGAUGAGCAUCUCUUCUCUUUACCACUUCCAAAACCAUCAAAUCAAGAAAAAAGAAAAAACAAUUAAUAAUGACAACAUGGUUAACUUUUUUUUUUUGCAGUGAUCUGAUCUUCUAUAGAAAAUCAGCAAGGGCUUCUCUAUUUUCCAAGGCAACUUCAGUUCUAAUGGCAGCCACACGGGGGCGGUGGUUCACCGUCUCCUCUGUUCAAUUGUUCACUGUAGAUCAGUCAUCACACAUUAUGCUUCUGUCUCUCUAUCUUUAUCUCCACAGAUAGGCUUGUCACUGCAGACAUUUUAGUGCAAGUUACGCUCUGCAUGUUUAGGGUCUGUGUGUCUCCUGCUCUCUGUAGAUCUGAACAUAUAAUCUGUCCCUUUCUCAAAAUUUGUGAUACACAAUAUAACCUCAUAUUUGUUUCUUUUAUAUUUUUCUUAUUCCUCGAGAUUUUCAGACGUUUAAAUAAGCCGAUCUUUGUAUUUUCCAAAUUUCUCAUAUUAUGGUGGUAAUAAAUAGGUGUUAAAACAAA